AUGAAGUUCUCCGUUCCAUUCGCUAUUCUCUCUGUCAACGCUCUCGGCGCUCUCGCUCAAUUCGAGGGUUUGAAGCGUGGCUACAACGACUCUACUGAGGUUUCUUCAACCCCAGUGGCCACUGGUUCUACUAUGCUCUCUAGUAUGGUUGCUUCCGACUCUGCUGCUUCUACUCCUGCUGCUGCUUCCUCUCAAGCUGCUGCUUCUUCUAGAGCUGCUGCUUCUUCUAGAGCUGCUGCUUCUUCUAGAGCACACCAUUCUAGAGCUUCUGGUUCUUCUAGAGCUUCUGGUUCUUCUAGAGCACACCAUUCUAGAGCUUCUGGUUCUUCUGUUGCUUCUGGUUCUUCUAGAGCUUCUGGUUCUUCUAGAGCUUCUGGUUCUUCUGUCGCUUCCUCCGUUUCUACCAGAACUACUGUUGUUACUAUCACCAACUGUGGUACCCGUACUUGUAGCUACGUUGCUCCAUGUGUCACCGACUACGUCACUUACUGUCCUUUGACCGGUGCUGUCGUUGUCCAAACCUGUGACAAGAAGGGUAAGUGUAACCCAUACACCACCCAGGUUACCAAGGCCGGUACCAUCACCAUUACCGGUGUCGUCGCUGUCCCAACCCCAGGUACCCCAGGUGUCCCAGUUGCUCCAGGUGCUCCAGGUGCUCCAGGUGCUCCAGUGACCCUCGUCUCUUCUUCCGCUGGCAGCAAGCCAACUGCUGCUGCCCCAAUUGCUGUCGGUGAGGCUGCUAACAUGGCUGGUGCUUCUGCCCUUGUCCUUGGUGCUUUCGUCUUCAACUUGUUGUAA